UCCAUCCAUCCAUGCCACUAGCCGCGCCAUCCCGCCACGAAAUCUACAAAUUUUGUGAGGUGAAAUAGUUUAAAUUUAUGGGCAAUAGGGCACUAAGAUUCGAAUAAAACUAUUUAUUAUUACCAUUAUUUGUAGACGGCACAACAAGAGUUACUAUCUGCGGCUGAAACAUGGCAUCGAGUGAAGGACAGACUGCCAAGUCAAACUUGCAUCAGCAAGACUUAACCAAACUUGAUAUCACAAAAUUGUCAGCUCUGUCUCCUGAAGUGAUCUCCAGACAAGCCACAAUUAAUAUUGGUACCAUUGGUCAUGUAGCUCACGGAAAGUCAACAGUUGUGAAAGCAAUCUCAGGAGUGCAGACUGUCAGAUUUAAGAAUGAACUGGAAAGGAAUAUUACUAUCAAAUUAGAGCGCCUGUCGGACUCAGUGUUGAGGUUGUUCCGUGAAAGAGCUGAUGAGAAAGAUGAGAAUAUGUAUGCCAAAAAGUUGAGAAAAUCGAGAAAAAGAAACCAUUCACUAGACCCUGGGGAAGAAGAUAUGCCCGUUGCCAAGAGACAGAAGAAAGGCAAGGUGAAGCAGGAAGAAGAUGACUACAUCAUAGAAAAAAUUGUUGACAUCAAAUUCGAAGAUGGCAUAGAAUAUUUUUAUAUAAAAUGGAAAGGUUUUGAUGAUGAUGAAAACACAUGGGAACCACUGGCUCAUCUUGACAACUGCCCGGAACUUCUGCGAGAAUUUCUUACUGAUAAAGAAUUAACAUACUGUGAAAGUAUUGAUAAACUAAAAAAUGAAAUUUCAUUUGGAGAUUUACUCAGUGAAGAUAACUUAGUAGCUAGAAUAGAUGAAGUAGAUGAGACUGACAUAUACAAACUAAAGGAGGCAUUAACAAUUAAAUUACUCUGCAUGAUAAUUUUACCUGCAGAAGAGGAACAAUUUGCUGCAGAACUUGUUCAAGAUACUAGAAAUAUAUAUCAACUCUAUGUGUUGUGUAGAAAGAGAUGUCGACAGAUGAUGUCCUUAAAACAAUGGGAAGAACACAUAAAUCAAGUUGAUAAAUCAAAGAAACUUACUAUAGAAAAUGAGGUUGAUUUGGCUGGUCCUCCGGAAAACUUCACGUACAUAAAUCAGUCUAUUCCUGGUGUGGGGGUAACCAUUCCAGAUGAUCCUCCAAUAGGGUGUGACUGCACUGCCUGCAACUGCCGCUCUAAGUCCUGCUGCGGAAUGCAGGCAGGCCUGUUUGCGUACACUGUCAACAAGAGAUUACGCGUCGCAUCUGGGACGCCAAUUUACGAGUGCAACAAAGCCUGCAAAUGUUCAUCAGAUUGCAACAACAGAGUUGUUCAAGGAGGAAGAAAUAUCAAGCUAUGUAUCUACAGAACGGCCAAUGGCUGUGGGUGGGGUAUCAGAACAGAACAGAACAUAAAACAGGGACAAUUCAUCUGUCAAUAUGUAGGAGAAGUAAUUACUUUUGAAGAGGCUGAGAAACGCGGGAGGGAAUAUGACGCUAAUGGCUUGACAUAUCUGUUUGAUCUGGAUUUUAACUCUGUGGAAAAUCCUUACGUAGUUGAUGCAGCGCACCUUGGGAAUGUAUCACAUUUUAUAAACCACUCCUGUGAUCCUAACUUGGGAGUCUGGGCCAUAUGGGCUGAUUGUCUUGAUCCUAAUCUUCCAAUGCUGGCAUUGUUUGCGACACGGGAUAUUGAUGCGGGAGAGGAAAUUUGUUUUGAUUAUUUGCAGAAAGCAAAUGAUAAUGAUGAAGAACCUGGCAGCCACGCGCCACGGAAACCCGUGGUAGAGGCAGAUGACGCAAGUAUUCCAAACGGUGAUGAAGCAACCACUGCAGACUCCCCUGCCUCUCCUGCUAAAUCCAGAUUUGAAAUUCAACAGCAAAAUAUGAGCAUGCUAAGAAACAGAACUGAAUGCAAGUGUGGGACCAUGAAAUGUAGAAAAUACUUAUUUUAAAUGGUACUACUAGCUCAGUUUUACAAAAUGGAUAUAAUUUCCAAGCGUUUAUUUUACUUACAGUAUCACAAGUGUCUACACACUGAAUCUCUUUAAAUCUGGAAUUAAAUUAGUGCCUUAAUCUAAGCGCCUUUGAUCUUUAUGAAAUAACAACCAUUUUUAGAUGUGUGUUUAGAUUUUUAUUUUAUAAAACAUUUAUAGACGUUUUUAUAAAACUUUUGCUGAUUGUUAGCUUUUAGGUCUUAUACAAUGUUCUCGUUAUUAAUGAGAAGUUUACUGUGUAAGAUAAAAAUGUAAGGUUCAUUUUCACAAUGAAUUAUUAUUGUUAUUUGUCUGUCUUUCCAUAUCUCGGGACCAUGGGGUCCCGGACCUUUGGGAAGCGUGGGUGGGGCCAACAGCGCAGAGUCCCUUUAAUACAAAUUAAUCUGAAAGCAAGGGAUACACGUGGCGGAUACCAUCCCCGAACGCACAAUGUGAUACAUCCGGAGAUGGUCCCGGCCAGGUGCAGAAUAUUGCAAUGCAGCACUUUAGUGCUGGGAACUUAGAUCAUAGGCUAGAUUUGAAUGUUGGAUGGACUGGAUAAUGGGAAGAGACUACCGGUCACCUGCUAUGACAAUCAGGCUCAAAAUUGUGAAACAGGUGGUGACUCGCUAACUCAAUUGUGACGUUUUCAAUCAAAAGGUACCACAUUGUCGCUUGUUGAUAAGGUUCAUUUCUAAUUGAAGCUAUAUGGAAAUAGCGCCUUACUAUCAAGCGACAAUAAGUACCCUUUUGGUUGAAAAUGGCACAAAUAGUGGCAUGAAAGAUAUGUGUAUUAGGGUAUUGUAGAUGUUUAUUAAGUAAGAAAAUUGGACGUGUAGAAUUUCGGCAUUUAAGCUGAAAUAUUGAGUUCUUCCUUAGAUAUUUCUUUUUAGAAAAUUGUUUAUAAAUAUUAGAAUGUUUAUGAUUUCAGAACCAUUGGUUGUUGUCUCUACAGUCAGCAGCAGAAGUGACUAAGCGGACGAGGUGUUUCAAAUAAUCUGAACAUUACUUUUUGGCAGACAAAGAACCUGUGUUGAUAAAAUUAUACAUAAACAAUUGACCCGCUUAGCCACUUCUGCCAUUGACUUUCUCUGUAACAUGCUCUGUGGUGCAUGCUUUAAUUUUAUGCAUUGUAUGUUAAGUAUUAUGGUAAUACAUGUAUUAAUAUUCA